UAGAACUUCUUUUUGAUUUAAUAAUGACAAGAAGAAAAUUAUCAGACGUUAUCAACUUCGUCUAUUCAAAGUUUGCCCAAAAUUCAGAAAAUAAAGAUUAUUUUACAAGUAGAGCUAUUUUAAUACCAACAAACAAUAAUGUUGAUAAGAUUACUGACAUAAUGAUAAAUUGGUCUCCUGGCAAAGUUAAAGUAUAUCUCAGUGCUAACUCUGUAAAUUUAACUGAUGACAGUAAUACAGAACAGUCUCAGUUAUAUUCUCCUGAAUUUUUAAGAUCUCUAAAUAUUUCCAGUAUUCCUCCUGAUGAAUUAAAAUUAAAAAUUGAAACUCUAAUCAUAUUUUUAUGA